AUGUCACUGGCCAGUUCAGGAAACAAUUCAACUGACUUAUUAGAUUUCCAAUCAUUUCAGCUAAAUCCCGGUCAAAUUUAUCAAGAUGCCAGCAUUAAUAAUUCAGAUAAACAGUUACUAAAUGAACUUGUUUCUAAACCUGAACAAAGACUAUACUUCAAAGAUAUUAACAAGGAUUCAAUCACGAAGAAUAUUGACUCAUUUCAAAAUAGUUUGGACAGUUUAUCCGACUAUUUCAGCUUUUCACCGUACACAUUUGACAAUGGAAUCUCAUUUGAAGGUGGAACGUCCGAUGAUCCUAGCAAGAAGGAUGAUGAUGAUAGUGAUGGUGAUGAUGAUGCUAUUGCCGCCAAGAAGCAGAAGUUAAGUGAAGAGCAAGUAUACGCUGAUGGCGUUAUAAUGUUCAAAAUUUCCUUUCGAAGGAUCCUGGCUCUUAUCAUGUUAUCUAUCAUUGGAAUUGAUAAAAUAUUGUAA